CUCAGAUAAAUACUAUGGAUAAUUCUGACCUUGUAACAGAAUUGGAUAACAAUGUUAAUAAUAGGAUGACUAAGUUUGAGAAAGAGAUAGUCACCAAAAAGAACUCUAAAUUCCUCAGAGAUAAAAAAGAUUUUGAGGGUGGCCUCAUUAGAAAUUGGCAGAGGAAGGCCUAUAGGAAGAACAGGGAUACUCCCACUUUAAGAUCAGGGAAUAAGUCCGAGAUUCGUAAUUCCCACUCCAUUCAUCAGUACCCCAAAAAAAGAAAUAUGAAUCCUGGGAAUUCUUCUCGUGAAUCUUAUAAUAAGACUACUGGACAUGGUCACAAUACUUAUGCGGAAAUAGCGAGAUUCAAGCCACAUAAUCAGAUGAACCAGAGUUAUACUCCAAGACGUGGUUAUAAUCGAGAUGAGAGAGAUAUCCGCUAUACUCCGAAGAAGCCAUAUAACAAUGCAUGGAGAAGACAAGAUAAUCCCAAUCAUAUUCCUCUUUCAGAGUCUAGGGACCUCCUCACUACAAGAUCCAUCAAUGAUUCAAGUGCCAACACAGACCCCAAUGAAUUGGGAGCUCGCCCCAAACCGCCACGAUCCCAUAAUUAUGGCUCUUCAAGAGAUGUUCAUUUUUUAGGGGAAGGUCCAUCAGACAUUCCCAAGACCUUUCCGUUAUUUUCCAAGAGAGGGGCAGGAAAAGAGAUACACCCACAGGGGAACAAGAGGAAAGGGAAAUGA